CAUUUAUUCAUAAAAACAUACAUACAUAUUUGUUAAUUAUGAAGACAUCAAUAAUUAUGUUGCCCUUUUUGCUGAUUAUUCUCCUAUGUGUGAUGAUCCCCUCCCAUGCUAUGACACAUCAUCAUAACUUUGUGGUAUCUGAUACUCCAUACAAUAGGCUGUGCAGCAACAAGAGCAUUUUAACUGUAAAUGGGCAGUUUCCAGGGCCAACUAUAUAUGUCACUGAAGGGGAUACAAUUGCCAUUGUUGUCACUAACAAUGCAACCGAAAACAUAACCAUUCAUUGGCAUGGAGUGAAACAGCCGAGAUAUCCGUGGUCGGACGGGCCGGAGUACAUAACCCAGUGCCCGAUACGGCCCGGGAGUACGUUUAGGCAGAAGAUAGUGUUGUCGGACGAGGUUGGGACUUUGUGGUGGCACGCGCAUAGUGAUUGGUCUCGGGCCACCGUACAUGGUGCACUUAUUGUGUAUCCCAGAAACAAAACAUCUGGCUAUCCUUUCCCACUGCCUCAUGCUCAAAUUCCAAUUAUAUUAGGGGAGUGGUGGAAAAGUGAUGUACAGGCUGUUCUUAAUGAAUUUGUGCAAAGUGGAGGGGACCCUAAUAUUUCUGAUGCCUUUCUCAUCAAUGGCCAACCCGGUGAUUUGUACCCAUGCUCAACUCAAGACACAUUCAAGCUAACCGUUGACUACGGCAAGACAUACCUUCUCCGAAUGGUCAACGCCGUGAUGAACAACAUCAUGUUCGUCAGAAUUGACAACCACAACGUCACCAUUGUCGGAACGGACGGUGCAUACACCAAGCCCUUCACGACAAAUUACAUCGCCAUAUCUCCCGGUCAAACCAUUGACUUCUUGUUGGAAGCCAACCAAAACCCUAAUCGCAACUAUUACAUGGCCGCUAGGGUUUACGCCGCCGCCGGAUCCUUCGACAACACCACCACAACCGCCAUAAUCGAGUACAGCGGAAACAUCAACCGCACCGCCCCGUUGACUAUUCCAUCAUUCCCCGAUUUCAAUGACACACGAGCGUCCGCGAAUUUCACCGGCCGGCUCAGAAGCCUAGCGGACAAAAACCAUCCGAUCGACGUUCCCUUAAACGCAACAACCGUACUUUUCCUCACUCUCUCAAUCAACGUGAGCCCGUGCCCUAACAACACGUGUUCCGGUCCGUUCGGAGACCGACUUUUAGCUAGUAUCAACAAUAUAACCUUCGAACAACCUAGGAUUGCGAUUCUCGAGGCUUAUUACAAUAUGAUAAGCGGCGUCUACGGAGACGAUUUUCCUAGUAGACCCCCGUUGACUUUCAACUACACGGCGGAUAUCAUCCCGCGCGAUCUUUGGGUACCGGAAAACGGGACGGAGGUUAGGGUUCUCGAGUAUAAUUCGACGGUGGAGAUUGUUUUUCAGGGGACUAAUACAGUCUCGGGAAUCGAUCAUCCCAUGCAUUUGCAUGGACAGAGCUUCUACGUUGUCGGUUGGGGAUUUGGAAACUUCGAUAAAGAUGUAGAUCCUCAGAACUAUAAUCUAGUCGAUCCCCCGUUGCAAAACACGAUUGCUGUUCCGAGAAACGGCUGGUCGGCAAUUAGAUUUAAAGCCAAUAAUCCCGGGGUUUGGUUGAUGCAUUGCCAUUUAGAGAGACAUAUAAGUUGGGGAAUGGAGAUGGUUUUCAUUACUAAAAAUGGAAAGACCCAGGAUUCUAAAAUGUUACCUCCACCUUCAGAUUUCCCAAAAUGCUGAUUUAUAUAUAUAUCUAUAUAUGUGAGAAAAAUAUCUCCAUUGAAGAUUUUUAUUUUUUAUAAAUUUAUUGGGAAAAUGUAUACACACACUACACACACUAUAUAUAUACAUAUAUAUAGGUUUAAAUUUAUGGAUUUGAUUGUGGCUUUAUAAGGUUUAGUUAGAAAAAUAUAGGCUCGAAUUAAUGAAGUCUUAUUGUAGAAUUAUUAUUUGUAAGCACAUGUAAUGUUUUGUAGUUACAUUAUAUUACAUAAUGAACACAUUAUAUAUUUAAACAAUAAUGUAUUUGUCUCAAGUUAAUGGAAUUUAUUUAUGUAGGCACAU